AUGGAUUUCGUGUCCGCGUGCAAUUUUGGCUACGCGUUUGUGAAUUGCACGUCUCAUCAGCAGGCGCUGAACUUGUGGCAGGUGUUCAAUGGUUUCACAUCGUGGCCGUCGUCUGGGUGCCGCAAAGUGUGUGCUGUGUGUUGGGGUUCAGUCCAGGGGUUGCGUGCAAACGUGGCGCGAUAUCACAGCAACAUCAUGUGCAGAGAGGACGUGCCAGAUGACUAUAAGCCCAUUAUUUUCCAAGAUGGUCAGCAGGCGCCACUCGCACGCGAUACUCCGCGCCUGCCCAAGACGUCCCGGUCCAAAGCAUACUUCCGCCGGAACUCGAACCGUGCAGAGGCCCAUUGUAAAGACGAGUCACGGUUCCGUGCAUCAUGA